AUGGUUAGAUCUGACGUAUGUCCGACGCCGGAUGCCAAGGCCUGCAGGCAGUGCGGAGCACGGAACCCGCCGGAAGGACAUCAAUGCCAGCCAAAGUGCCUGGUAUGUGGAGGCGACCAUGCCACCGGGUCCAGGGACUGCAAGGAGCGCCUGAAGCAGUUCAAGGAGCUUCGCGGGCCGGCCUAUGGCGGGCGGCAAAGCCGCCAAAAGAGCCGGAGCGGGCAGCAGCAGCAGCAGCAUCGGAAGAGAUGGCUCAGCUUAGAGGGCGACCAGAGCCAAUCCCGGAACCAGAGCCAGGAGCGGAGGGGGAGUUCGCGGAGCCGUUCACGGAACAGUUCACGAAGCCGAUCACGGACCAACGCUCCCCAGUCGUGUCAAGGCAUCAAGGGAGGCAAGCAACAGCCGUAG